AGGGAGGGGGCUAAGGUGAGGCAGGUGGCGCCAGCCAGGUGCACACCCAAUGCCCGUGAGCCCAGACACUGGACCCUGCCUGGACCCUCGUGGACAGGCAAGAACCGAGGGGCCUCCGCGCCCUGGGCCCAGCUCUCUCCCACACCACGGUCACAUGGCGCCACCUCUCUUGCAGCCUCCACCAAGGGCCCAUCGGUCUUCCCCCUGGCUCCCUGCUCCAGGAGCACUUCUGAGAGCACAGCGGCCCUGGGCUGCCUGGUCAAGGACUACUUCCCCGAACCGGUGACCGUGUCGUGGAACUCAGGCGCCCUGACCAGCGGCGUGCACACCUUCCCGGCUGUCCUACAGUCCUCAGGGCUCUACUCCCUCAGCAGCGUGGUGACCGUGCCCUCCAGCAGCUUGGGCACCCAGACCUACACCUGCAACGUAGAUCACAAGCCGAGCAACACCAAGGUGGACAAGAAAGUUGGUGAGAGGCCAGCGCAGGGAGGGAGGGUGUCUGCUGAAAGCCAGGCUCAGCCCUCCUGCCUGGACACACCCCAGCUCUGCAGCCCCAGCCCAGGGCAGCAGGGCAGGCCCCAUCUGUCUCCUCACCCGGAGCCCAAAUAUGGUCCCCCGUGCCCAUCAUGCCCAGCACCUGAACUCCUGGGGGGACCGUCAGUCUUCCUCUUCCCCCCAAAACCCAAGGACACCCUCAUGAUCUCCCGGACCCCUGAGGUCACGUGCGUGGUGGUGGACGUGAGCCAGGAAGACCCCGAGGUCCAGUUCAACUGGUACGUGGACGGUGUGGAGGUGCACAAUGCCAAGACAAAGCCGCGGGAGCAGCAGUUCAACAGCACGUUCCGUGUGGUCAGCGUCCUCACCGUCGGGCACCAGGACUGGCUGAACGGCAAGGAGUACAAGUGCAAGGUCUCCAACAAAGGCCUCCCAGCCUCCAUCGAGAGAACCAUCUCCAAACCCAAAGGGCAGCCCCGAGAGCCGCACGUGUACACCCUGUCCCCGUCCCAGGAGGAGAUGACCAAGAACGAGGUCAGCCUGACCUGCCUGGUCAAAGGCUUCUACCCCAGCGACAUCGCCGUGGAGUGGGAGAGCAGCGGGCAGCCGGAGAACAACUACAAGACCACGCCUCCCAUGGUGGACUCCGACGGCUCCUACUUCCUCUACAGCAAGCUCACCGUGGACAAGAGCAGGUGGCAGCAGGGGAACGUCUUCUCAUGCUCCGUGAUGCAUGAGGCUCUGCACAACCACUACACGCAGAAGAGCCUCUCCCUGUCUCCGGAGCUGCAACUGGAGGAGAGCUGUGUGGAGGCGCAGGAGGGGGAGCUGGACGGGCUGUGGACGACCAUCACCAUCUUCAUCACACUCUUCCUGCUAAGCGUGUGCUACAGUGCCACCGUCACCUUCUUCAAGGUGAAGUGGAUCUUCUCCUCGAUGGUGGACCUGAAGCAGACCAUCAUCCCCGACUACAGGAACAUGAUCAGGGCACUGGGGGCCAGGUGUCCCCUCAGCAGGACGUCCCUGCCCUCUGGCCCGCCAGGACACGCUGCUGCAGCCCCGAGGGGUGUGAGGGAGACAGCACCUGGGGUGAAGGGCGGGCAGCUGCUGCAUCACCGGCUCUAUCCCAAGCCCAAGGAUGGCGUCCCAGAGAUGCAGGAGAGCUUUGUCCACAGAAGGUGCCAGCCUUCAGGGACCCUGCUGGACAGGUCUCCACCCUCUGCCCUUCAAGGGGCCCUACGGGCCUCCGGGUGCUCUGGUGGGGUGGGCUCCAGUCCACUGUCUGAGGAUGGACGGCCUGGCCAGGCUAAUGAAUGGACACCCAGGGCAGUGCUGGGCUCCGGGUCAUUCCGUGCACUGAGCAGGCUGAGUGGGGAAGAAGCAGAUGCUCCCUGCAGCUCCUGUCCCCUGCAGGGCCUGGUGCCUGGACCAGGUCCCCCUGCGGAAAUUGGCCCCCUCUCUGAGCCACCCGGGGCCCACGGCCCCCUUUCCACCUGGGACCGAGCAUCCUCCAGAGGGCCAGACCUCCUGCAGGGACACCAUGCCCAGCCCCAGGACCCUCCCCCUCAACUCUCCAGCAAGGCUGCGCCUGCACACCCCCCAGCAGUCCAUACUGUGAUGAGCACCAGCCCUGGGCACCCGGGGUCCCAGGGGCAGGUCCCGGUGUCUCCCUCCCCAAAGAUUCUCUACACCCCACCCCUCCCCGGUGGCCACUCCAUGCAUGCUGCCCUCCAGGGACAGGCAGCUCCCUGCCAGCCCCUGGCCAGGCCCCCAGGCCCCAGCCUUCAUGUGCUGGCCUUGAGAAGCAGCCCAGCUGGGGACCCCCGGCUGCAGGACAGUGACCUGGGAGUGAGUACAAGGGAUGAGGGCUGCGGCCAUCAGGAGGCCCUGCACGCACGUCUUGGACACGUGGCCCCCGAGGGCCAGUUCACCUUGGUGUGCCUCAUUCUCCCGCACAGAAGAGCCCCCACCCUUUCUUCACAAGGCUUUCGUGGGAGCGGAGGCGGCGAUGCCCAGUACCCUCUCCCUUUCCCAGGCAACGGGACUCCGAGUUUGCUGACUGGGACCACCAAGCCCACGCACGCAUCAAGAGGCAGAGCUCCCCCCACCCAGGCUCCAUUGCCCGGCAUAAAAAUAACAACCGUAGUUACUGAUCAUCUGGGAGCUCUCCAGGAACCCAACAGGGAGCCGGACGGGCCACACCGGCCACAGGCACCAAAUGGAGGCCCGGGCACUUCAGCCUCCACACAGAGCCCAUCCGUCUUCCCCUUGACCCCCUGCUGCAAAAACAUUCCCUCCAAUGCCACCUCCAUGACGCUGGGCUGCCUGGCCACGGGCUACUUCCCAGAGCCGGUGAUGGUGACAUGGGAUGCAGGCUCCGUCAAUGGGACAACUAUGACCUUACCAGCCACCACCCUCACGCCCUCUGGUCACUAUGCCACCAUCAGCUUGCUGACCUUCUCGAGUGCGUGGGCCAAGCAGAUGUUCACCUGCCGUGUGGCACACACUCCAUCGUCCACAGACUGGGUCGACAACAAAACCUUCAGCGCCUGCUCCAGGGACUUCACCCCGCCCACUGUGAAGAUCUUACAGUCGUCCUGUGACGGCGGCGGGUACUUCCCCCUGACCAUCCAGCUCCUGUGCCUCGUCUCUGGGUACACCCCAGGGACUAUCAACAUCACCUGGCUGGAGGACGGGCAGGUCAUGGGCGUGGACUUGUCCACCAACUCUACCGCGCAGGAGGGUGAGCUGGCCUCCACACAAAGCGAGCUCACCCUCACCCAGAAGCAGUGGCUGUCAGACCGUACCUACACCUGCCAGGUCACCUAUCAAGGUGGCACCUUUGAGGACAGCACCAAGAAGUGUGCAGAUUCCAACCCGAGAGGGGUGAGCGCCUACCUAAGCCGGCCCAGCCCAUUCGACCUGUUCAUCCGCAAGUCGCCCACGAUCACCUGUCUGGUGGUGGACCUGGCACCCAGCAAGGGGACCGUGAACCUCACCUGGUCCCGGGCCAGUGGGAAGCCUGUGACCCAUCCCACCCCAAAGCAGGAGAAGCAGCGCAAUGGCACGUUAACCGUCACGUCCACCCUGCCAGUGGGCACCCGAGACUGGAUCGAGGGGGAGACCUACCAGUGCAGGGUGACCCACCCCCACCUGCCCAGGGCCCUCGUGCGGUCCACGACCAAGACCAGCGGCCCCCGUGCUGCCCCGGAAGUCUAUGCGUUUGCGACGCCAGAGGAGCCGGGGAGCCAGGACAAGCGCACCCUCGCCUGCCUGAUCCAGAACUUCAUGCCUGAGGACAUCUCGGUGCAGUGGCUGCACAACGAGGUGCAGCUCCCAGACGCCCGGCACAGCAUGACGCAGCCCCGCAAGACCAAGGGCUCCGGCUUCUUCGUCUUCAGCCGCCUGGAGGUGACCAGGGCCGAAUGGGAGCAGAAAGAUGAGUUCAUCUGCCGUGCAGUCCAUGAGGCAGCGAGCCCCUCACAGACCGUCCAGCGAGCGGUGUCUGUAAAUCCCGGGCUGGCUGGCGGCUCUGCGCAGUCCCGGAGGGCCCCGGACACGGUGCUCUGCCACUCCGGACAGCAGCAGGGACUGUCGAGAGAAGCAAGGGGCUCUGUCCGUGACCCCUGCUGCCACUGUGGAGCCGGGAGGGCUGACUGGCCAGGUCCCCCAGAGCUGGACGUGUGCGUGGAGGAGGCUGAGGGCGAGGCGCCGUGGACGUGGACUGGCCUCUGCAUCUUCGCCACACUCUUCCUGCUCAGCGUGAGCUACAGCGCUGCCAUCACGCUCCUCAUGGUGCAGCGGUUCCUCUCAGCCACGCGGCAGGGGAGGCCCCAGAACUCCCUAGACUCCGCCAACAUCCUCCAGCCCCUGCCUAGGCCGAGGGCCACUCACGACCCACCAGGCCCAGCUUUUUCUCUGCCGGCGCCUGAGCCUCCCUCGGGCUGCGACCUGCCCUGGGUGGAAAAAGGGAAGCAGACAAGUAAAGGGGGCACAAGGUCACCACUGUGGCUGCUGGCCAGUGACUCUCAGCCCAGAGGGGACCCACUCAGCCUCAAGGCUAAAGGCGCCGACAGAACCACCAGUCGCAGCCCCCACCCUAAAACAGUGUCUGUCCCUUCAACAGUCAUCGAGGAGGGGGGGCUGCUAGCCGUUCUGAGCCCAUCCCGGGCCCCUGGGUCUCAGGGUCACUCCCAUUCUGACUGUAUAAUCACCAAAAAACAAAGAGGGCCCAGCACCCAGCCCAGGACACAGCUGAGUCUGCGUCCAGCCCAACACCAGCCCACGGCCUCACUCCCCAGCCUUGGUCUGACCCUUCUAGCCCUGAGGUCCAAGUGCCUGGCAUCCCUGUCCCCCAAGCCUCACCCAGACCUUCUUUCCCUUCACCCACCCCUCCUGCCAUCCAUCCGCAGCCCCCAUCCCUGCAGCCUAAAGGCACAGGGAAGCCCUCUGAGGCCAGGCCACAGGACUGUUGAGGACUUCGGGCCCCUGGAGUGGGUAGAGGGGCUCCCACAGCCAGAGAAGGGGUUUCUGCAGGGACAGCAGCUGCUGACCUCAUCCCUAUGACCUCAUCCAGCCUCUGGCUUCAGCAGUCCUAUUUCUUUCCCUCUGGGUUUCUUAGUAAAGUUCCUUUUCACAAA